AUAAAAGCCGAAAGUGACACACGUGUUUGAGUUUAUUAUGAUCAAGAGUCAAGACUUUAUGUGACUAAAUCUUAUUUUAUUGAAGCUCUUAGUUCUUCUCUUCAAUUUUAAAGACUUUAAAUGUUACCUAUAGUAUUACAUACACUGAUUUUGUUAACUUCUUAGGCGUUAUAAUAUAUUUAGCAUUCCAUUAAACAGGACGUAAUAAUAACUUGUGCCAAAAAAUAGAGAAUUAAAAAGCCUACAAUUUUUUGAUAAGCAUGCGUUACGCUCAAUUAGUUGUGGGUCCAGCGGGCAGUGGAAAGUCCACAUACUGCUCGACCAUAGUCAAACAUGCUGCAGAUACAAAACGGAUUAUUGAAGUUGUGAACCUCGAUCCGGCAGCCGAGCAUUUUGACUACGAGCCUCUAGUUGAUAUCAGGGAACUGAUACAUCUUGAAGAUGCCAUGGAAGAUGAGGAAUUGAAAUUUGGUCCUAACGGGGGACUUGUAUUCUGCUUGGAAACACUUUUGGAAAAUCUGGACUGGCUAGAGGAGCAGCUGGGUGAUGUGGAUGAGGAUUAUUUGCUGUUUGACUGUCCCGGACAGAUAGAACUGUACACACAUCUGACGGUAAUGAGGAAAUUGGUCGAUACACUUCAGAAAUGGAACUUCCGGAUAUGUGUGGUCUUCAUGAUUGACUCACAGUUCAUGGUCGACGGUGCAAAGUUUUUGUCAGGUACCAUGGCCGCCCUCAGCGUUAUGGUAAAUUUAGAAUUACCUCAUGUGAAUAUUUUAACAAAAAUGGAUCUGCUGAGCAAAUCUGCAAGGAAACAACUUGACAAUUAUUUAGACCCGGACCCUCACAUUUUGCUGGCGGAUAUGAGAAACGCUAAGUCAAAAUGGCACGAGAAAUAUGCAAAACUGACAGAAUCUAUUGGUGAGGUCAUUGAAAACUUCAGUCUAGUGAGGUUCUACCCUCUCAAUAUUAAGAACGACGAGAGCAUAGACGACAUUCUCUUGACCAUAGACAACAUUAUACAGUACGGUGAGGAUGCUGAUGUCAAAAUAAGAGACUUUGAUGAAGCAGAUCCUGACGAAGUCGACUGAAAGAGAUUAAAAUAUAAGUUGUAUUGUUCAGUAGAAUAUUAUUAUGGUCUAAUGUUCAGCAUUGUGUAAACUAAGAGCGAUAAGAAAAUAAUAUACCACAUUGUCUUUCUAUUAGAAGAAAUGUAGAAUAAAUGCGACUCUUGCUCUGAAACCAUUAUAUACCUUAAAAAAAAAUUUUUUUUUUA